GCUUUAACAAACAUAAACAUAAGAUUUCUGCUGAUGUAGGGCGCAGAAUGGAUUCGGGUUAUAUGACGUAAAAUUCUUCAACAGAAAGGGCAGUAUGUCUUCUACCUUAUCGACGUCUUCAAGUUCGGCAUUGGCAGUUUGAUGGCAGGCUUCUUCACCUGCGUCACCGUCCACUGGGUGUUUGGUGUCAACAAUUUCAGUGACAUGAUCGAGUUCAUGCUGGGCUUCCGCCCGUCCGUCCUCAUGCGCGUUGCCUGGGCCUGCAUCGCUCCUGUCACGCUGCUGGUGGUGUUCGUGGGUUCCUUGCUGCAGUGGCGUUGGCCGCUGUACGCCGGCACCAUCCACUACCCCGUGUGGGCGCUGGUGUUGGGCGCUGCCGCCCCCCUCGUCACCCUCGCCCCCCUCGUCAUUGUUGCUCUUGUGCACGUCAUGGAGCUCGUCUGGAACGGAAGGGGACGCGACAUCCUAAAGCACCAUCACCAAUGGGGCCCAGGUUGUCCCGUGGCCCGUCAACGACUCAACGAAGCCGUGCGACUCACUCGAGAGGCGCAGAGACUCAACACCCGCGUCACAAAGGGCUCCGUCAACAUAGCCUUCGACAGCACCGAUCUGUAGUGUAGCUUAAGGACCAUUUGACGGUGAUACAUCAUUCUCGAUUGCACGCCUUGGUUGAUUUUUUGCGUCGAUGCUCAUGUGCGUGCGGAGGGACGGCUCAGGUGGAGUCAAAGGACGACGGAAGAGAAGGAAAUACGCGCAAGAAGGAAGAGCGGCCAAAUAGGCCAUCGCCUUCACGGGACUGUCGAUCAAAGGAGGUGCUGAAUGCCGUGGCAAAAGGUGUUAGCUCCCAGGGAACUGUAGUGACCCAAACAAAACUAGUUCAGCACUGAGCGGUGGGUCAGGAAAGCGAAGCUCCAAUAUAAGAGACAGCGGGUGGCAGCUGAGCAACCAGAACCCUGUUGAUCUCAGCGGAUUCGGAUUCUCAGCAGAAAGUCCUUUUAGCUUCCGCAUAUGAACCCGCCGAAGAGGGACCACAAAAAGACUAAAUCUAGACUGGAGAGUAGCUUUGAUAGGUCUGUCUGCAGACGGAGCAGAAACGAUGUGAAAUGAGGUUUAAGGCCCUGAUUGAGAACC